ACGAGUUUAUCUCAAUAAAUUGUAUGGUGUUUUAUGAGUUAGAGAUUGCCAAAAAAAAAGAAAAAAAGAAAGGGAGAUCGCCAACGCUAGUAUGGGCCUAAUGGUACUAUAGUCAAUUUGUUAUCCGGACUAAUAGAACUCUCCUGUACUUCCUUACUCAAACAUAGAUACAGAGUACAUAACCCACAUUUUCAUUUCACCAAUCAAAUUCGGCUCAACCUUCAAAGCCAUCAUCCCUCUCCAUUAUUCAAGCCGCUUAGCCGAGCCACCAAAGCCCCCAAAAAAGAAAGAAAAUGCAGCGUUGGAACAAAACCACCACCACCAAAUGACAAAUCAGAAGAGAGAGAAACCAAGGUUAUCUCUCCGUCUCCUUCAUUUACUUAGCAGCCAUGGCUGAACCUUCAUCCUCACCAACUCAAACCACUACCACCGCCACCGCCGCAACAACCACCACUACUACUACAUCGUUACCUUGGGGAACUCGCGAGGAAUUUUUGCUAGCGUGCGCCGUCCAACGCUAUGGCACCGACGCCUGGGACUCCAUUUCCAGAGAGCUCCAGAUUCGCACCGCUUUCUCUCUCGUCACUCCUCAUUUAUGCCAGCAGAAAUACCGAGACCUCAAAACCCGGUUCGCCUCCGACGCCGGUGAAAUUUCCGACGAUGGUGCCGGUCUUUCUAUCGAUGAGUUGCGUCGUCUCCAUCUGGCCGAACUCCGGCGGGACCUCCAGCGUUACGAUCUUUCUAUUGUGUCGUUGCAAUUGAAGGUGAAGAAAUUAGAGGGGGAAAGUAAUAACGCGAAGGAGGAGAUCAAAGAGGAGAAGUCCGAUCUGCAGAAAAACGAGGAGAAAGAAACCGAAAUUAAUGAGGUGAAAAUUGAACCGGUGGAUGGAAGUAAACCGGAACCGGUUGAGCCGGAUGUAAACGAACCGGACCGGAAAGAUGAACCGGAGAGGGGUGAGGAGGAUUACUCGUGCAAUGGGAGCUCUAACUCGAAGGAGGAACGGGGAGGUGAGAAGGAGAGGAGGGAACGAGUGGAGUCGGAGGAGUUGGUGGAAUCUGUGGCGGAGUCGAAAGAUGACGUUGGUAGUGGUGGUGGAGAGGGAGAGGACGGGGUGAAGGAGAGCAGUGACGUACAGAGCACGGCAAGUUUGUGGAGGAGUGAGAAUAAUAAUAAAAAUAAUAUUAAUAGGAGAGAGAUAAAGGUGGGGGUAUUGUCCGGGACAAGCAGCGGCGAAGAGAAUCAAUCGCCGGCGUUAAAAUCAAACAACGAUGGGAAACAACCAUUAGUUGAGUUUCUUGAUACUGUUCGAGCUCGUAAGCUUGGCUCGUUUUUCGAGCGCCGGCUCGAGAGUCAGGAAUCUCCGAGAUAUAAGACCCUAAUAAAACAGCAUAUUGAUCUAGAAACAAUCCAGAGAAGGAUGGAAGAGGGACAAUAUACAGAUUGUCAAACCAAAUUUUACCGUGACCUAAUGCUCCUCAUCAACAACGCCAUUGUCUUCUUCACCAAAAGAUCUUCAGAGUACAAAGCAGCACUUGAGCUCCGUCAACUGCUGAACAAACAAUUUCAAUCACAUGUACCAUCUCCACAUGACCACAAGUCUCGCCCUUCAAAACCUGCCCAACCACCACCCUUACCAAAGCCAACAAAACCUGAGGUCAAUCAAGCUGAUCUCAAGGAGCCCCCACUAAUAAUUAAAGUUCCAGUGAAUGCUUGUAGAAAGCGGAGUUCUAUUGCUGGAAAAUCCUCGAGAGGAGGAAGUGAGAAAAAGGAGCCAGCAUUAGCAAUGGCAAUCCCACCUGAUGAAAAACCUGCUUCUCUUGGGGAAAUCAUCAAGCAACAAAGGGACAAGACAGCAUCAACAUCAUUCCAUGCUGUGACUAAGAAACGAACAAGAGAUCAGAGUUUUGGGUCAAGAAGCUCACCAAGCAAGAACAGUAACAGCUAUCGGAGCCCAAGCACUCCCAUGCCGAGUAAGAGAGAAACUUCAGACAAAAAGAAGCCAAGUCCUGAUAAUUCCUCGAAUAAGAUAAAGCAUGUGUCAGGAUCAGGUAAAGAUUUAUUGCUGCACUCAUUGAAGAACUCAGAUAAGAGAAAGACUGGUAGUGGUAGUGGUAGUGGUAGUGGUAAUGGUAAUGGUAAUGGCGGCAGUAGUGGUAAUGUUAAGAGUGACAGGAGAAAAGAUGAGGGUCCACUGAAUGGUUCAGGUAGUAAACUUGGUAAGGAAAAGACCAAAGUAAAGGAGGAGAGAGAAAAUGAAAAUUCGGGAAAUAGGAGCACCAGACGACCACCUAAGAGACAAGCAGCAAUUGCAGCAAUGGGUAAGAGAGGCCGUGAUGGUGGAGGAGAAGCAGAGUCUCAGUCAAAGAAACGUCAGAGGAAGUAGGGGGCCAAUGUAUGUAUAGACUAUAGAUUAGUGGUGGAAAUUGGGAUCAAUUUGUUUUGCUGUUGUAAUGGUUUAGGCCAGUAGAUCUGUGCUAAUUUAACUAUCAUGCCUGGAAUUGAGUGGCUAGAUGUCACCCAUCAAUUUUUUGUUGUAUUGGUGGUUGGUGGAAUGCUUAAUGCUUCUAUAACUGGAAA